AAAAAGCGCGAAUUUAUAUGUCACGGAAUUUAUGAACGGUCAUUAUGUUUUUUUUUUUGGUUUAUAAACAAAACAAAAUUCCACUCGCGGAUAAAAAAAACUGUAGCAAAUUCUGUGUGGCCACGAUCAUUAUCAUCCAAACGAGAAAAGAUUUCGCGUUUACCCAAAACGAAGACGAUUGAUUUUAAAUUGAUUACAUUUUUGGGUGAAAAAAAUGGCUGGAUCGUAUUUGGAACAAUUUGUUGAAAGUAUACAAUCAUUACCAUGUGAUUUGGCUAGAAAUCUGAGAUUAAUCAAUUUUCUCGAUACUCGUGUUCAUGAAUUUGUCAAUUCUGCUGAAGAUUUAUCAAAUAAAUAUGUUAAAGAUGCAAAUCUAUUAUCAUCGAAUGAACGUAAUGAAUAUUUUAAUCAAAUAAUGGAAUAUAUGGAUAAAGCACAGCAUUUAACUGAUGAGAAAAAAGAAUUAGCACAUCAAGUUUAUAAUAUGGUUGAUAAACAUAUACGACGAUUGGAUACAGAAUUGGCCAAAUUCGAUAUUGAAUUAGAUAGCCAAGGUGAUGAUGUAAAAGAUAAUGUACCAUCAAAUAGUACGACAAUAACAAAUAAUCAAACAAUGAAUACAACACAGAAUAAAAAGAAACGUACAAAAUCAUCGAAUCCAUCAUCAUCAUCUGCAAUUGAUCAUCAUUUGGAUUCAGGUGACAAUAAUAUGGUACAAAAAAAACGACAAGCUAUCGAUAUACAAACAUCAUUAUCAUCAUCAUCAACAUUAUCAUCAUCUGCAGUUAUGAAUGGUGGAUUAACAACAAAAGGCAAAAUGAUUACAUCCACUGAAUUGAUGGAUAUGGAAGUUGAUCCAAAUGAACCAUUAUAUUGUAUUUGUCAUCAGGUUUCAUUUGGCGAAAUGGUUGGAUGUGAUGAUCCAGAUUGUCAAAUCGAAUGGUUUCAUUUUGCAUGCGUUGGUCUUACAUCGAAACCAAAAGGCAAAUGGUAUUGUCCACAAUGUACAAUAAAACGAAAAAAAUGAUUUUAAUGCUAAAAAUUGAAAAUGAAAAAAGAAUUUAUUCCAAUAUAUAGUGAUCAAUCAAAAUUCAUCAUCUUAUCACUUGGAACGCGAAAUCAAACGGAACAUUUUUUUAAAGAAAAUAUCAAAAUUAUAGAAUUAUUGCUUGAAUAAUUUUUUUUUUUUUUUUU